AUGGCGGGAGGGAGGCGCGCGCCGCCGCGGCCGCUUCACGGCCCGAGGCCGCCGGCAGGCAAAGCUGGAGGUAUGAGGGUGUCUAAAAAGGCAGAAAACAGACCUGGUCAGAAAAAUGCUAAACCUCCAGGAAAAGAAAAGACAAGUGCUAUUACCAAUUUUUCAAGAACUCAGAACAUGGGUGUCUUGCUUGCAGAAGCACUGAGCAAAAUGAGCCACAGAACUCAUGCAGCAGCAUUACAAGUGGCUCAGCAAAAGCCACAGCCUGCCUUGGAGAAGUUCAUACUGCCCAAAAGAAUGUAUAUUAUUCAACAGCCACGGAAAUGUUAAGAAACUCAUGUUUACUUAAAAGUGAGUUUCUAGUCUAAAUAGCACUUAGUACACUUUGGUAAAAGGAUCAAAAGCUGUGUGCCUUGUAUCUUACUGUAUUUCUGUUACUGACAAUAAAAUAUAAGAGUUGCUAAAUGUA